UCGAUGAAUACAUCUUAUUUGUUGAAGCAUGCGCCAUGUGUUUCUUAUGACGAGUUUGCGAGGGGAACAAAGAUGGCUAUGGAUCUAUCCGCCAUUUUCUAAAGUGAGAUAGAACAAGUUGUUUGUGAUAAAUUUUGGGAAAUUUAUGCCAUAUUCGUGAAAUUUUCAAAUCCAAAAUAGUUAAUAUUGUAGUUCUUAAAGUGUACAAACUUUGCAAUUGAAGCACAAAGCCAAAUUUUAUGUAUUUCGACGUAUCCUACGUACGCGUCUCCUAAGGAAGAUCUAUUGUGUGAGAGAAGGUUUUUGGCAGUUUCGACUGUCAAAUUAAGCAUUUUCAAUGAUGUUUGAUCCAAAUACCAUCACCACGCAACAAUCCCAAAUACAAUACCAGCAGCCACAGCAAAAUGACAAGGAUAAAGAGCAGGGCCAGAAGGACACCUUUGCUCCAUUUUGUUACAGCAAUGUCAACUUGAUCCACAAAAUUACACCUAAUACUACUCAAAACCACAACUCCACUGUCAACAUGUCACAGUUAACUGAUGACAAGUGUUAUAUAACUCAACCAUUCAGCUAUAAUUACACACUUGUCAAUCAGAACUUAUUAACUCAAAACAUAACUUUUAAAUGUGAUUGUUGUGGAUUAAUGUUUGCACACCUUUCGUUGCUGAACCACCACAAAAAGGUGCAUCAUGGACAAACUGACCAAGGCCAGGGGCAGCAACCACAAAUUACUCUUCAGGUGCAACAGCCGCAACAACAGCCAACGCAAAUCCAGAUAGUAUCAGCAGAUCGAAUACGCUUCUCAUGUGAAGAAUGUGGCCAUACAUUUGGAACACAAAACGACCUAAAAACACAUAAAAUACAGUCGCAUCAGCCUCAAGCUCCACAGCAGGUACUCAAAACGUUCCAGGUGCAACAGCAGCCUCAGCCGCCGCAAAAUACUCUUAAAAUAAAAAAUUGCGAGUCGUGUGGAGCACCAUUACCGCAGGACAAUAAUAAGAAAAGGGCAGUGAUGAAGGUCAAAUGCGAGAAUUGUCUUAGUGCCGAGGCCAUACAGCCACAGAUUUUUGUAGUAGCAGCUGCACCUGACACGUCGGUUAAGUUCGAGGAAAGUACUGGCACGCAGACGCAAACGCAGGCCUUGGGAACGCAAAACACAAUUCCGAUAGGAGUAAAGAAUAAUCAUCCAGUGAAGAGAAGAGGAGUAGCCAGCGUCACCAAAUGUACCAAAUGUAACGGUAGUGGUAUCAUAUUCAUUGGUGGUUCCAAGAAUCAGCAAAACAAUGUAGACAAACCUUUUCAUUGUAAUAUUUGCAACGGUUCCUUCAGCAGGUACUCUUCUCUAUGGUCUCACAAAAGGCUUCAUACUGGUGAAAAAAACUUUAAGUGUAAUAUUUGUGGUUUAGCAUUUGCAAAAGCUGCGUACCUCAAAAACCAUUCCAGAAUACACACAGGAGAGAAACCGUACAGGUGCAAUGUAUGCGGUAUGCAGUUUUCACAAUCGCCACAUUUAAAGAACCACGAAAGGAUACAUUCAGGGGAACGACCAUAUAUCUGCGAAGUAUGUGAUAAAUCUUUUGCUAGACAUUCCACGUUAUGGAAUCACAGACGGAUACACACAGGAGAAAAACCUUAUAGGUGUGAUAUCUGCGGCUCGUGCUUUAAUCAAGCGACCCAUUUGAAAAACCAUGCAAAAGUACAUUCAGGCGAGAAGCCAUUUAAAUGUGAUAUUUGUUCAGUAGGAUUUUCAGAUAGGUUUGCGUUGAAGAGGCACAGAAACAUCCACGAAAAAUACGGUAGGACCAAACCACAGAUAUCCUCGAGUGCUGACGAUGCUCAGCAGAAUAACACAUCUUCCGAUUCCCUGACUUCCUCUGCUAAUAUGGCUUCUGUAGCACAAGACGCCGACCACGAAGAAAUCGUAGAAACCAAAUAUGAACAAAAAUACGAAAACGUCGACGGUAGUGAUAUGGAAGAAGAUAUGACGGAUAUAACUGAGUUGCAGGUCACACUGCACUAAUAUACACGUGAUUUUUAAAAUGCAUAAUCAAAAUGUCUGAUUUAUUUUUAAUCGGGAGAAGAAUGGUUCGAUAGUUUCGUUAACUGUGGCUUACACUUGUUUCACUAAAAUGCUCUUAAGGGGCCAUCCUAGUGUAAAAGUACGAAAUUCAUAUAAAUUUUUGGGAAUUUCUAAAAUUAAACGUACUGUACCAAUUGUUUUGGUAACAACAAUUUUGAUACAAUAAUAUUGAAAAUUAAACGAUUUAUGCGCCAUCUACUGGCAGCGUGAAAAUAAAAACAUAGCUCCACUGCUGCAGUGAUUGGGACUAAUAAAGAUCCUGAAACAUAAAAUUUCAAAGUUAUUAUUGAAAUAUAACUUAUUUUCUAUACCAUCAACUAGGGGAUUUUUGAUCGGAUAAAAAAUGUCAAUUUGGCGGUUUUUGAAACUGAAAAUGUUUUAGCUAAUUAAAAAAAAAAUUUUCAACACUUCGUCAUUUUUGCAAGUUUUAAUAUUUUUCAAAAAUCCUAGUUGAUGGUAUAAGAAAUAACUUAUAUUUCAAUAAUCACUUUGAAAUUUUAUGUUUCAGGAUCUCUAUUAGUCCCAAUCACCGCAGCAGUCGGGCCAUGUUUUUAUUUUCACGGUGCCAGUAGAUGGCGCAUAAAUCGUUUAAUUUUCAAUAUUUUUUUUAUGAAAAUUGUUUUACGUGUACUUCUUUUUAUAGUAAAUGCUCGUGCAAAUUUUAAAAAUAAUUGAUACAGUACUUUUUAUUUUAGAAAUUCCCCAAAAAAGUAUAUGAAUUUCGUACUUUUACACUAGGAUAGCCCCUUAAAUCAUUUUAUACUCUACUAUUAGUUUCGUUGUUAUAUAUUUGAUUGUUUCCAUUUAAAUUAAAAUAUAGCUACAAUAUAUAAGCCUUAAGAUUUUCUGAUAUGUUCUAUCUUAGUUCAGUAUCAGAAAGCAUCCCAUCGUAGUACAACCUAACUACUAGUUUAUUUUUUUAAGAUCCAAUCUGGUAGUUUCGUCUUUUAUGCUUAUCUGUGAAGAUAAGGUCAAAUAAAGUGGUUAGUAAUUCUAAAAAAUAGUAUAUAGCAGAGACAAUAGGAUAACUAUGGUAAGUGACGUUCCAAAAAAUGAAUUCAAAAGUGAAGUAUAUUAUGGAAUUUUUGUUGAAUCGUUGUAAGCAACGUACCAUACAGGGUUGCGAAAAAGACUGGCAACACGUUAUUUUCUCGGAAACAGCUAGAACGAUUUUUAUAGAUUUUGGUGGGUAAGGGUCUUUUAAUGCGGCCGAUAUCAUAGUGCUAAUUACAUUGUUGUCAAAUUGUCCGUUUUUCUGGAAAUCUACUGAACUUUCUUAUUUCAAAUGGAACACCCUGUAUAUUUUUUAAGUUUUUUAAUCCUUAAGGGAUACUGAUUAUUUUUCAUAUGAUAUUCCCUAUACCUAAAUGCCAUAAUUUCGGAGUUAUUGCUACAUUUAUUAAAAAACAAUUUAAAAAAUUUAUAAAAAUCAAUUUUUUCGGCCCGGGUAGACAUUAUUUUAGGUUCUUUAGAUCAUUGGGAACAAAAAAGGUCUUUUGUAAUUUUUCUCUAAAAUUAAUCGUUUUCGAGUUAUAAACAAUUUAAAACUGAAAAAAAAAACGAAAAAUGACGAUUUUCAAGGUUCAAAAACAGAAGCAAAAAAAAUAAUUUUUGAAAUUACAAACUACUUAAAUUCAAGAUCAAACCUUCUAUCAGACACCUAUAAGAAUUUUUGGCACGUUUUAUUCUAAAAUAUUGUUUUUUAAAUUAUUAAUGAAGCGCAUAUGAGUCAACGGACGAUGGGGCUGCAUUAACAACUAAAAAAUAAUAUUUUAAAAUGAAACAAGGCCAAAUUGCUUAUCGGUAACUGAUAAAAUAAGGCUUAAACUUGAAUUUAGGCACUUCGUAGUUUCAAAAAUAUUAUUUUUUACUUGUGUUUUUGAACCUGGAAAAUCGUCAUUUUUCGAUUUUUUUUUCAGUUUUAAAUUGUUUAUAACUCGCAAACGAUUAACUUUAGAGGAAAAUUGCAAAAUACCUUUUUUGUUCACAAUGAUUCAAUGAACCUAAAAUAAUGUCUACCCGGGCCGAAAAAAUUGAUUUUUAUAAAUUGUUUAAAUUUUUUUUUAUAUAAAUGUAGCAAUAACUCUGAAAUUGUGGCAUUUAGGUAUAGGGAAUAUUAUAUGAAAAAUAAUCAGUAUCGCUUAGGAGUUCCAAAACGCAAAUAAUAUACAGAGUAUUCUAUUUGGCAUAAGAAAGUUCAUUAGAUUUCCAGAAAAACGGAAGAUUUGACUACAAUGUAAUUACCACUAUAAUAUCGGCCGUAUUAAAAGACCCUCACCCACCAAAAUCCAUAAAAAUCGUUCUAGCGGUUUCCGAGAAAUUACCGUGUUGCCAGACUUUCUCGCAACCCUGUAUAUAUACCAUAAUAGUGAUGUGAUUUCAACGCCGCAUAAUAUUAGAUUUGUAUAUGUACCACAGUUUAUUUACAGUAUACAAAAGACAGAAUAAUAUUUUUACCUAAACAGCAAAUUUUUACCGGUCAUUUUACUUGGACUCUGUAUCUGUUAGGUGGGUUGCGAUGUUUAUUGGCAAAUGUGUAUGAAAGAUCACGCAUUAACUUACAAUGAUUUCCUUGUUUUAAUCAACAAAUAUCUUUCUGUCUGUCCCGUUUGAAAGACGGGCAUUUAAGUAGUACAUACAUGGGUUGUCUGAUAAGUACAUAGCCUCUCCUCCCGAUGGCGCCACUAAUACAAAAGAAAUACCGUGUAAUACAUUCUUGUAGACGGCCUAUGUCAAAAUAAUCUCAGCCGGAUCGGACUAGUAGUUUGUAGAAAAAUGAAAAAAGAAUAUCGGUCGGUGAUUGGACUCUUGUUUUUGGAAGAAAAAUCCCGCAGCGAAAUCAAAAAGCGCUUGAAUGCUUUGUACGGCGACUCUUCUCUUUCGAUGGGACCGUCAAAAAUUGAUUUAACGAGUUUCAACUUGGUCGCACAUCGAUUUUGGUAAGUCACUCCCAGGCAGAGCUGGGCCGGGUACUGAUAAAUUGUACUCGGGUACAGAGUACCGGGUACUUUUCAUAUUUGAGGAACGAGUACAGAGUACCGAGUACAUUGCUCAAAAAAAAGUACUCAGAGUACAAUACUCAAAGUACAAUUACCCGAAUUUCUCAGGUACUUAUUUCUAGUACAUUUGAAUAUAGAACCCGAAAAAGGGUAAGAAGGUAAUAAUGAUCUCUGUCUCCCUAAACAUGAGCCAUGAAAACAUAAAAUAUUUAUAUCUAUAUAAUAUUUAUGAACCAUGAAAACAUAAAAUAACAUACAACCCCAACUUAAAUAAAAAAAAAUAAGAAUUUUAAAAAUUGAUCAUCGAUUAAUACAAUAAAACUUGUCAGUAACGGCCACUAAAAAUGAAGGAACUAUUGGCAGAUAUAGAAAGGUGGCCGGUAUUUCCAGUUUUUGUAGUCCACAAAUACAUAAAAGAUAAUUGGAACUUUGUUUAUUUUGUUAAUGAAAAUCAAUAUAAUUCUAUACAUAAACGGAAACUACUAAAACUACUUUAAUAUCCUAAUAUAAUACAAAACUAUACUACGGAAAAACAUAUUGAUGUUAAGCUUUUUUAAAGAAUUUUUCAACCCACUUUUAUUUUUUUAUAUCCUUUGAUAAUUUGAGUUUUUACACCAUAUUUUUCGGCCAACUUUUGUGAAUUGUAAUCAUACUUAUAAAUAGUGACAAACGUUUCUCUUUUACAACACUUUUACCACAUUUUAUUAUAGGAUUUUAAGAACCUAUUGUGGCCACCGACCCGAUGAAGGUUUUAAUCUCCUGUUUAGGUAGAUACAAUAGGUCCUAAUAAAUAGUACUGGGAAUUUCCAUCAACAAAUAGACAAAAUUAUUUUGGCUAACAUUCACAUUCAAUUUCUAUAAAAAGGCUUUAAAAAUGUGUGAAUAUUUGGCCGAGUUCGUAUUAUAAAUGUGGCCGUAAGUAGCAGGUCAUAAAUAGGCAAUUAUACAUAUAAUUAGUUUGAGGAAUUUUGAAACCGGCCGUAAGUACAGGGGGCCGAUUUUGGCAGGUGGCCGGUAACACAGAUUUUACUGUAAUAAGUAUAACGCCACUCACACUCACUGAUUAUUAUUGGCUUUUAAGAUAACUAAUUUUUCAAAGUUUCAUCAGUUCUUCAGAGCAUUUCUUGAAGGGCUAUUAAUUAUUAUGGCAUAAGAGAAUUAGCGUUUGCUUGACUUUGGACUGAUACUGAAAACGGCUUUUUGCGUGUUGCUAUUAAUUUGCUGUCCCACAUGCAGCGACAAGUUUAGACUUGCAAAAAGUACUCGGAAAAUGUACUCGUAUAAUAAACGCGUGUACCGGGUAUUUUACCCAUACGUUACGGGUACGAGUACCGAGGACUUUAUUGAAAAUGUACUCGGGUACUGGGUAUUGACUACCAAAACUCAAAUUUGGGUACUUGUACCCGGGUAUUGCCCAGCUUUGCUCCCAGGUGUCUCGAAAACGGUUACCACGGAGGAUAACACGGAAGAAAUCAACGAUUUCGUGUUGGUAGACCGCCGACUGAAGGUGCGCGAGAUAGCUUAGGCAGGAGACGUCUCAAAAGAUCUCGUUGGCCAUAUCCUGCAUGACAUUUUUGGGCAUAAGGAAGCUGUCGGCGCGAUGGGUGCCGAGUUUUCUCACUCCGGACAAUAAGCGCAUUUAUUAGACCACUUCAGGGCAGUGUCUGAUGCUGUUUCAGCGUAAUCCAAAUGAGGUUCUACGUUGUUUCAUAACCUUCUACGAAACAUGGUUCCACUGAUACACAUCGGAGACCGUGGAACAGUCGGGACAGUGGACGUCACCUCGAGAACGUGCUCCGAAGAGGGCGAAGACUGUCCAAUUAGUGCAGUCGAUGAAGCUUCGGCGUAAAAUGGGUUUUUACCUCCGAAAUUUUUUACUAUGAACCGAUUUACUUCAAAACUUCAAACAAAAAAACUUCAAAAGUGAUAUUGACCCGAACUCCGUUUUUUAUUUUUAAGGGGUGAAAACAACCCCUUAAUGGAAAAAUUGACAUUGAGCCAUUUUAUCGCCAUAAAACGUGUUUAAUAAUAAAGAGUGACAUUGUGAAGUGUUUUCUAACACAAUAACCUCAUGUUAAACUCAUUUUCAUCCCCUUGAAAACCGUACAACACUUGCCAACAACACCUAAAUCGAAAAAAUUUACAAAAAAGAAUGUGUGUGUACUUUGUACGCACGUAAGAAGUUAUACUUCUAUUAUAUGAUUAUAUGAUUAUAAACGAAAUUAAUAUACUUUUUAUUUAUAUUUUAUUUAAAUAUUAAAUUAAUUUAUACUUAAUACUUCUCAAACAUUUUUAUUAAAACAGUGCCAAAAAUUAAAAUAAUAAAAAAAUAAAACACACACAAACACAUUAAAAAUGCCACAAAUGAUUUCUGAACAUUAAUUGUCGGAAAUUUUUUUAACUAAAUACGUAUUUUCUGAAAAUAAAAUUAUAUAAUAAAUAUACUUACAAUCAUAAAAUGUAUAAAAAAAAAUAAAAAAAUAAAAGUUUCUAUUGGGAUUCGAACCAACUUACCACGCGGCUGGUAUUUGCGUUGUAUUGGGAUUCACUCGCAUUAAAACUGCGCCACAGAGACAGCUUGUCAUUAUGUGCGAAGAUCGUCUAACUAAACUAACCUUUUGACAUUUUUAACUUAUGUAAAUCAAAUUAUUUUGAUUUUGAAUUGAAAUGAUUUAGAAUUGAAAAAAUAUAACAAAACAUAGGGUAAGAAGACAAUAUAUUAGGUGAAUAUUGAUAGAAAUUUUGAUGGUAAUCAAAUUAUGUAAAAAAAAGUAUUACAUACUACUUAUGUAUUUUGGUAGGUUCAAGGUAGGUAUCGGAGCCCGUAUAACGACUAAUAAAUUUCGCUAUCACUUGCGUCGUGCAAAGUGGCUAUGUUCAAAUAUCAUAACAAAAUUUGAUCAACUAUUUAUAAAACACUUACCAGUGAAAGAUUCUUUAGCUUUGAAUAAGCGAGAUCUGCGGCACUCAUACUAGGCACAGUUUGAUGAGCUUUCACAUUGGCAUGCAACAAUCAUCUCUUCUAUGUAAAUAAGUCCAAAAAUAUAAUAUGAAAACUAUUUAAAAAGGCAGUAUAACCAUUAACUCAUAUUUUGUUUGUUGUUUCUCUUCCUACAAAUUUUAAAACGCAACAAGCAUACAUUAUAACCAAACACAGUCCCACAGCUGUGCCACAGCUGCCAUAUUGGAUAAUUUUUGUCAUGUCAUUUGAACAUCCAAUCAGAACAAAGUUAUAAUGCGCAUGCGCCCGGUCGCUAGGUUUUCCCGUAUAAAAUUUCACCGUCAUUACGCCCGUAAAGAAGUAUAACUUCAAAAAUUAAUUUAGUAUGACAUAAAAAGAUUUAAAUAUAGAGUAAAUGAUAUUUUACGUUCUCUAUCUUAAUUAUCAUAUUAUUAACCCCCUUUCAACCCUUAAAAACAACCCCUAAAUAGAAAAAAAUUACAAAAAAUUAAUUUGGUUUGACAAGAAGACUUAAUAUAGAGUAAAUAAUAUUUUACGUUCUCUAUCUUAAUUAUUUAAUUGUUAACUCCUUUCACCGCUUAAAAUCAACCCCUCGAUUAAAAUUGUAUAAAAAAUUUCUUUUGAUAAUCUAAAAAGGAUUUAAAUAUCGUUCCACGUUCUCGAAAAAGCUAUGCUGGAAAAUCAUAUGCUCAAGUUCUUUAACCCUUAAAACUACCCUUAAAUUAAAACAUUGAAUAUGUAUGAUUAUUUAAAAAUGUUUAAUUUACUAAGUAGAAAAAAAUACGAUUAGUUUUUGGGCCAUAACUACUUCAAUUUUGAAGCUAUCACAACUUAUAAAAAACCAUUUUGAAGAUAAUUAAAAGAGCUAUAACUUUUUCAUUAUAAUAUGUAGUGAAAAACCUUUUAUUUUGAAACGGUGAAGGGUCAAAGGGCUCGAGAGCCCUUGCGCUACCGCGCGCUCUUUAAUCAAUCAUAUCUUUGUCAAUUUUUGUGUGAUAGGAAAAACAAACAAACCAAAAUUUUUGUCAAAAAAACCUAUUUUUUUUUAUUAUUACACUUUUUUACGUAUCUUUCAUUAUUUUUGAGAUAUUAUGAAAAAAAGGUGGUUUUUUUUAAAAUUCGAAUUUUUUUUAAAUAUUGGUGGAAAUGGCACUUAUGAAAUCCAUUGAUUAAAAAAAACCAUUAGAUGUUCCUCUUUUUUUCAUUACAGCUUACUCAUUUGACGUACAAAAGACUUAACAGUGCUCAUUUUAAAACUUAUUUUAAGCACUAUAAAAUCCUUUCUCAUUCGCAUGCAUAAAAUUUAUUCGCUCUUCGCUAGAUGGUAUUGAAUACAUCGAUUAAAUUUCACACAAAAUAAAAAACGGCUUUGAACUUCAAUAUGUCACUUAAUAUUGCACUAGAACAUUCUUUAAAAAACCAAUUUGUUCAUUUUUUUACCUGCUACAAUUUUGUUCAGUAUAAUUAUUAUCGUUAAAAUGCAUAUUUUUGGAGAUAUUUGCAAAAAACUGUUGAAAAUCGUGGCAAAAUUCCGAAUUUUCAAUUGCCAAUAACUUGAAAAGUGUUGGGUUUUUGAAAAAACUUUAUACAACAUUUUUUGCUUAAAAUUAGGUAUUCUAUCGAUAUCUGAGGUUAUUUUGAAAAAAAUGUUCCACCACCGAAAAGGGGUGGCAACCACCCCCAGGGUGAAAACGGAGUUCGGGUCAAUAUCACUUUUGAAGUUAAGGGUAGGAUAAGCCUAAUUCCAAAAUUUCAUGUAAAUCGGUUCAUAGUAAAAAAUUUCUGAGGUAAAAAGCUUCAAUGACUGCACUAAAUCUGCCGGAAAGGUGAUGGCCACCAUUUUCUGGGAAUCGCAACGUGUGAUCUAUAUCCACUUCCUGGAAAAGGGCGUAACAGUGACAAGGCUUUACUAUAUCGUAUUAUUGGGCCGAUUUGACGAUGAAUUGCAGAAAAAUAGCCCCAAUUGGGGAAGAUAAAAGUACUCUUCCACCAUGACAACGCUCCGGCUCACAUCUCCGCCGUCGCCUUGGUCAAAUUGGGCCACGAACUGCGGUCCCACCCACCGUAUUCUCCAGAUUUGAUCCUGUACCACUUCUUUUUGUUUCCAAACUUGGUCCUUUUGUCUUUCGGUCCUUUUCCUAGACGGAGAGAAGGUAAAUGCGUGGCCAAAGUGUCCUCUAUUUGCUUUCUCCUAUUUUCGUCGUCUCUUGUGCUUAUAUAUUGUAAAAGCCAGAGAUACAGGAUGCAGCCAGAAAGCAGUUUAUUAACGAAAAGUCUUGGAUUUAAAAUAUUGUUUAAUAUAUUUUUAUUUCAAUUAUUCUAAUUGUUUAAAAAGUAGUAAACUUUGUAUCUAGGGCUUUUCGUUGUUUUCCUCGUAUUGCGAGAAAUGCCGCUAGAUUUCGUCUUAAAAGGUGGAAUCAUUGUAUCGCGAUGGUUUCCCUUAAAUAGGCAGGGUUGUUAAUAUUCGCUUCAGAGUUGUGACUGCAUAGCUUCACUGGAGAUGCAUGGGAUGCUGAAAUAGAUAUAUGGAGAUGGUGGUCCAACACUGAAUCGAAUAAAAACAAAAACUGCCUUUAUUAUUUUGAAAAAGUCACUCGUUGAGCAGAAAUUUAAGUCGAAUGAGGAGUUCAUCACCCCCACGGAAGCCUACUUUGCAGACCUCGAGAAAACUUAUUUUUCAGGCGGGUUAAAGAAGAUGGAGUAUCGUGCUAAGAGGAGACUGCGUUCAGAAAUAAAUCACCACUUUUCCAAAAUUUUCGUUUUUCUUUUGAAGGCUAAAUACUUAUCGGACCUCCCUAGUAUUCACUUUUCUGACUUGCAAAUGAAUAUUAUAACUUAUUCUUGUCAAAUAUCUCUAACCAUUCUUCACCUUUAUUUCGACUGCUUUAAUUUAAUAUAUUUUUAGGUGCUCUUUAAAUUUCUGUGAAAUUUAGUACGAAUUUUCAUAAAAUGUUAUGACCAGAAUGGCCGAGUGUAUUUCAUCACGCCAAAUCAGGAACGUAUCUCCAUUUAUUAUUGUAAAGAAUAGUCUGUACAUGUGAUAAGGUUUACGAGAAAUAAAAAUUAUUUUUCAAAAUUGGAGCAAUUUUUUGCUUUAACAAAAAAAAAUUACAUAAAAAUCUUUUAAUUUAUUAUCCAAUAUAAAAGUUUUAUUUCUGGUAGUAUAUUUUUGCACUACCUUCCUCUUAGUAUUGACCAAUAAUAUUUUAUUCGGAAAUAUAAUAUAUAAAGUACUAAAUAUCGAAUAUUUAUUGGCAAUCAUAAAUGAAAAUUUUGUAUAAAAGAAUCAAGUAUUAAGGUUUUUGGUGAAUUUAUUCAUUUAUUACUCUUAUUUCACAAUAACAUAAACUACAAUCCUUUUUUAUAUACAAGGUGUCCCAAAAGUAGUGGAACGGUCGAAUAUUUCGCGAACUAAACAUCGGAUCGAAAAACUGAAAAAUACGUGUUGAAUCAUUUUCAAAAAUCUAUCCAAAGACACCAAACACCAACCCCCACUACACCCCCUGGAGGUGGGGUGGGGGUAACUUUAAAAUCUCAAAUGGAAACACCCAGUUUUUCUUGUAGAUUUGGAUUCGAUACGUAAAAGUAAGCAACUUUUAUUCAAAACAUUUUUUCGAACUGUGGAUAGAUGGCGCUAUAAUUGGGAAAAACGAUUUAUCCUGAUACCAUAGGUAAAUUAUGGAAACGGUCUAAUAUCUCGAGAAAUACACGUCCAAAUGAGAAACCAAAAAACACCCCCUGGAGGUGGGCUGGGGGGUAACUUUAAAAUCUUAAAUAGCAACCCCCACUUUUUAUUGCAGAUUCGGAUUCAUCAUGAAAAAUUAAGCAACAUUUAUUUGAAACAUUUAUUGUUAAUUGUUAAUAGAUGACGCUUUAAUUGGAAAAAUACGAACGAUUUAUAGGCGCCAUCUAUCAGCAAUUUUAAAAAAUGUUUCGAAUAAAUGUUGCUUAAUUUUUCAUGACGAAUCCGAAUCUGCAAUACAAAGUGGGGAUUGCUAUUUAAGAUUUUAAAGUUACCCCCACCCCACCUCGAGGGGUAGGUUGGAGGGUUAUGUUUGGUGCUAUUCGAUAGGUUUUUGAAAAAUUUUAAAUACGUGUUUUUUUGUCUUUCAUUUGGAAGUGUAUUUCUCGAGAUAUUAGACCGUUUCUAUAAUUUACCUAUGUUAUCAGGAUAAAUCGUUUCUCCCAAUUAUAGCGCCAUCUAUCCACAGUUUGAUAAAAUGUCUCGAAUAAAAGUUGCUUACUUUUACGUAAGGAAUCCAAAUCUGCAAUUAAAACUGGGGGUUUCUAUUUAAGAUUUUUAAGUUACCCCCCACUCUACCUCUAGGAGGUGGAGUGGGGGGUAGUGUUUAGUGUUAUUUGAUAGAUUUUUGAAAAUCAUUGAAUACGUAUUUUUCAGUUUUUCGAUCCGAUGUUUAUUUUGCGAAAUAUUCGACCGUUCCGCUACUUUUGGGACACCCUAUAUAUAUCGUGGCAAAAUUUCUGCGAACGAUGAAAAUUAACAGGCAGAAACCAAGAAUGUAUGGUUUUUCCCAUCAUGCGUGCCCAUAAUUGUCAACUGAAUCCUAAGAAAAUGUACCAUUUUAUUUUUAUUUAGGCUACUGAAAUUAUGAGACGAGAUAAUUUUUUUCUUCAGCAAUUAAGAGCUCCCCAGGGCUUUAAAAAAUCAUUAUUUAAAAACCAUCUGUUGAAGUCAUCAACAUUGGAUGCUUUGAUACAUUUCUGCUGUUGAACCUCCCCAGUUCUAUUUCAUUACAUUUUGUUUGUAAGUUCGAGGUUUGUUCAAGUUCUCUAUAUUUUUGUUGUUUUGCAAUUCAUCCCUGUUUAAUAUUGUGGUUUACCUUUUGAUUUAUUGUAUUUGUGGGUCGAUAUCCUGGAUUUACUUUUGCUCGAACUAAGUAAUGAUCUGUGUCUCCAUCUAUUCUUCUGAGCCACAUGAUCGUUUGAAAGCCAAAUUUAUUUGUGAACGUCUUUAUGUGGAAAUAUGGUUGACUUUAUUACCAUAUUGUUGUUUGCUGCUUGUAUUUCCAUGUCUUUAACAUUGUCAUUGGAUAUACUGUGGAUAAACAUUGUAGGUUGCAGGCUAGGUUCUUUGUCUAUUUUGGCCUUAAAAUCCCCGCAUAGUAUAGGCAUAACCUGUUGAGGAUUCUAUCUAUAACUCUUUCCAAGGCGUAAUAAAUAGUGUGACCAACUCCAAUUUAGUCGAAUUCGGGACAAGACUGAAAAAACUACCUAAAAUCCGGGACUUUUCAAUGAAAAUCGGGCCAUUUUUUUUUAAUAUAAAACUUUAAUAAUAUAAUUUUAUUGAUUAACAUUUUUAUGUUGACAAAAAUUUUUUUGAUGGAAUGAGUUGUAAUGAUAAUUACAUUUUUGUUUUUUGACAUUUUGUUUUUGACGUUUCGACUUUCAAGCCGGAAAUCGUUCUCAAAAAAUGAAAAAUUAGAAAAUCAACUAAUGUUGGAUUUCCAUGUAAAUUGAACCUUUGGUUAAAAUAUAAUUAUCGUGUUUUUAUAUCGUCUUUUCAGAAGACUAUAAUUAAAAUACAGAAACCGGAAAAAGUCCAGAGUUUGAGUUUUCGUGGAACUUUAAUACAACGAUAUAAAAUGCAUGCGUUUUGGAUAAUGUGGUAUUAGUAUAACAGUCUAGAAAUUGUCGACAUUUUUUCGUCCCACUAAUUCAAUUUGAUGUGAAUUCUUAGAAGAAUGAUGUAUUAAAAAUUUCAAUAUGGAAUUUUACCAAAACGUUGAAAAUUCGGAUGGCCCGGAAGCCUUGUCCGGGACGCCGGGACACAACUUCGUAAUUCAGGCCAUGUCCCGGAUUUUUCGGGCUAGUUGGUCACACUAGUCAUAAAUCAUGCAUGAUGUCUUCCUUAGUCAUUUGAGCUGAAACGAUUGAUCUACCAUUGCCCCAUUCUGCUGUAGCGUCAAUGAAAACAAAGUGAAACAUUAAUGGAAUAUAGAAUUUGACACGAUGUUGAUAUGUCAUAUAAGGAUGUGACGUGCUACACAAUUUGGAGAACAAGUCCUCGGUUGCUCAGAAUCGGAAGAGAUAUGGGAUGGUUCUUAACGGGAUGUUAUUAAUAUGCUCUUGUAACUACAUCUCAAUAUGUUCUUAACCGUCGAAGAAACUUGUAACUACAUCUUGAACUUCACUUCAAAACCUCACUGCUCUACAGCUCAAACUAAACUUAAUUUCUUGACGGCUCCAACGUAACUAACUUUCUCGAUCUCCUCAAACUCCUAUCUCCAAAAUUCAACGCAGAAAUUUACACUCCCAUUCCAGCAAUCAUCAGAUAGUUUAUCCAAUAAAAAGAAACCAAUGUUCCUAAGAACAUCCUACUAACAGUUGUAAAUAUUCUUCUUAACCAAUAAGAAAAUACUCAUUAUCCGUAAACAAGUUUUUCGGUUCUCACCAAAAUUGCUAGCUCAGCUCUAACGACUAAUUUAAACUCAAAGUCACUUGAGAAUUUUAUCGCUACUAUGGAAUUUAUUAUAUCAACAUUCCGGCUCUAGUGGACAGAAUUCAGUCUCAAAAAAACAUUAAAUUCUUUUGAUAACUCGCCGAAGAUAAACAAAUGCUCUACUUCUGGGCAAACGGAAAAUAUAUCAUAGAAGAAUUUAUGACUUUGAUUCAUUUUGAUGACCUACAUAACCAUCAGUGAGCGUUACAGAAAUGCAUUAACGUCUGUAAAAACCUAUCCUGGCGCCGAUGUGCCAUCUGAUCACAAUCUAUUGUUAGCCGAAAUAAAAUUAAAACUUAAACGGAUAAAACAACAACGAUCCUCUAACAAACUGGAUACCGAUUUUAUUAGAAACAACAGUCAGGGGAUUUCAAACAAUUUAGAGAGCAAUUUUGAGAAUAGCGAACAACAAGAAUCCAUCGAGGAUCAUUGGAACCAAAUCAAAACGAUUAUAAGCAACUCAACUCCAAACUUCAAAGAGAAAAAUCAAAAGAAGCAACAGUGGAUGAACGAUGAGAUUUUGAAUUUGAUGGAAAAAAGACGCAAAUUUAAGAAUCAAAACAUCGAAAUGAAUAAACGCAUUAAUAAAGAGACAAGGACUAAAAUACGAGCGGCAAAAGAAACAUACUUUGAAAAAAAAUGUUUAGAAAUUGAAGAGUUGCAGAGAAAACAUGAUUCAUUUAAUAUGUAUAAAAAAAUAAAAGAACUCACCGGUCAGAACAAAAAACAUGCAAAUAACAUCGUUGAUAGAGACGGAAAACUGAUUAUCACUGAUUUGGAUAAAAUAGACAGAUGGAAAGAAUACAUUGAGGAACUGUUUAAUGAUGAAAGGCCCGAGCUUGAAAUUAACGAAGUAGUUACAGGACCUGACAUAACUAUGGACGAAAUUGAACAAGCAAUAAGAUUAGCAAAGACCAGAAAAGCGACGGGACCAGACGAAAUACCGAAUGAAAUAAUAAAGCUCUUCGAAAAUUCAGGUAAAAGAUCUCUCCUUCAUCUUUUUAAUAAAGUUUAUCAAACUGGCUAUAUACCAACGGAUUGGCUGCUGUCGACUUUUGUGACGAUACCUAAAAAAGCAAACGCGAAAAGAUGUAGUGACUACCGAACCAUUAGCUUGAUGAGUCAUGUUUUAAAGAUAUUUCUACGAAUUUUGCACUCUAGGAUGUACCAAAAAAUAGAAGAACAGCUUGGUGAUACACAGUUUGGAUUCCGCAAUAACCUUGGGACCAGAGAAGCACUGUUUAGUAUUCAGGUUAUGGUGCAGAGAUGUUGGACAUCCGGUUUAUAUGUGUUUCAUUGACUUUGAGAAGGCCUUUGAUCGGGUAAAACAUACGGAAAUGAUUGCUAUUCUUCAGAAAGUGGGUAUUGAUGAUAAAGACCUACGGAUUAUCAAAAAUCUUUACUGGCAUCAACGUGCAAACAUCAGGAUUGGCUGGGACACGUCUGAAGAACUUCAAAUACGAAGAGGAGUAAGGCAGGGCUGCAUUUUGUCCCCACUAAUAUUUAACAUCUAUUCUGAGUUUGUUUUCAAUAAAGCAGUGGAUAAUGCUCAAUGUGGUAUCAAAAUGAAUGGCGUCAAUAUUAAUAAUUUGAGAUAUGCGGAUGACACGGUGUUAAUUGCGAGCAAUUAUGAAAAACUUCAACAUCUGAUUAAUAGGAUUACCACAACGUGUGAUGAAUAUGGACUCAAGCUAAACACCGCAAAGACCAAGGUGAUGGUUGUCAGUAAGACGCCAAUACAACCGGAAGUAGUAACAGCUUAUGGUGAACAAUUAGAGAGAACUAACAGUAUCACCUACCUUGAUUGUAAUCUAAAUGAGAACUGGGACAUAAGCAAAGAAAUUAGAAUACGUAUAGAGAAGGCCAGAGCUGCAUUCUUUAAGAUAAAGAAACUUUUAUGUGGAAACAACAUUACUUUGAAUCUUAAAAUUAGAUUAGUGAGAUGUUAUGUGUUCUCUACUCUUUUGUACGGUGUCGAAGGUUGGACUUUAACAGAUACUCUUCUCAAGAAAUUGGAAGCCUUUGAAAUUUGGGUAUACCGAAGAAUCCUACGAAUAAGUUGGGUGGAUAGAGUUCGUAACGAAGUUGUUUUGCACCGGAUGGGAAAAGUCACAGAAGUCGUCAGAACAGUUAAAAAUCGAAAACUUGAAUAUUUUGGCCAUGUUAUGCGACACCCAGAGAGAUAUAAUAUACUCCGUUUAAUAAUACAAGGCAAGGUAGACGGAAGAAGAGGGCCAGGUCGAAGAAGAACGUCAUGGCUUAAAAACCUGAGAGAAUGGUAUAACAGAUCCUCUGCAUCCCUUUUCCGAGCUGCCGUUAACAAAAUUUCUAUAGCCAAUUUGAUAGCCAACGUUCGAUAAUCGAGCACGGCACAAGAAGAAGAAGAUUCCUUUUGGCGGUUUAACGUAAACAGUUGAAGAAAUAAAAAUUCAUCAAUUCACGAGAAACACAAGAUCGAUUCAAUACUGUGAGAACGAAAAAAAAUCAGAUGAUCUAAUUCCACACAAUACACGGUACAAUUCCUCAAACGGAUUCAGCAUACAGGGUAAACCGAUAAUACUAGAGGCGUACUAUAAAUACGGUCUUAACACAAAAAAAUGAAGGGGUGAUAUAUCAAUGGCCUUCGUACCGUUACACUGCUGAUGUAGUAUCUUCCUUAAUGCAUUGGUGUGAAGUUUAAUACAUUAUUGGGUAAAUCAUCUGAAUUCCCGUAUGACAGACUUAUAUCUGUAAACUUCACCGAACAGUAAAGUUUAUCUUUAAAGUCUUGACUUGUCUUUUUUUUAUUCCUCCCUACGUAUGAAUUUUUUCUAUAGAUGUAUCUUACAUUCUGAAGCCGAAUUGGUCAUUGGUAUUAUGGAUGAUUUCUAAUACGGUGUGUAAUUUUUUGGAGCAGAAGUAUUUUAAGUAAUGAAGCUGGAAUUGUCAAAAGACUAAUUGCUCUGUAGAAGGUGAACAGUUAGUCAUUUCUAUUGCAUCCUGAUCCUAAGAGUUCAGUACUAAUAAAAUUUUAGCAAAUAUUCUACUCAAAAAAUAAUUCUAGUCUUUCGCUUAUAGAAACUAUUUAUUUAUUUUAUUAAUUUAUUUAAAUUGUGUUACUAUUUAGUUAUUAUAAAUUUUUAUUUGUAAGCGUAUAAUUUUUAGGAAAUUUUAGAUUUCCUAAAAAUAUAUGCUUGCAAAGGCAGGAAGACUGGCAGUAAAGAAAGCUUUUUAAAAUCCUUAUAUAUUUUCGAUAUACUUUUUCUCAAUUUGAACAAUUUGUUAAAUAAUGAAAAUUAAUUUUUAAUAUACCUUAUACAAAAAUAAUCACAUGUACAGGGUUAUUCUAAAGAUUUUGUAUAUAAAAUAUUAUUUUUUAAAUGACAUAAAUACGACAUACUGUUCUAGAUUAGUGAGUAGCAAUAUAGAGCGUAAGAUGCCCUGAAUAUUAGUUUAUUUUUUGAAGAUGGUUUGCUUUAUUAAGAAAUAGACUAUUUUUGUAAAUAAAUUUGCGACCAGCUCUUACGGUUUUUAAAUAAGCGAUAGAAGCUGAAUGAUGGUUAUGUUCUAACCCGUGAUUUAUUUCGUUUUGAAACAACCAAUAAAAGAUACUCAGAUA